GAGGCACGUGACAAUGCCAAGCAUUUAGCUGCCUGGCGUAGAUUUCUGGACUGGGAAGCUUCCAUGUCCCCACGCGUAACCGCAACACGAUCGCAAACACACCACGCCUAAGCAAUCAACAAACGAACAGCAAUCUCUUGAGAACAUAUCAGAAAACUCCGCAACCAUGAAACUCGUCAGGUUCCUCAUGAAGUGCCAGAACGAGACGGUCACAGUCGAACUCAAGAACGGCACCAUUGUCAAUGGCACUAUUACCUCCGUCUCGCCUCUCAUGAACGUUGCGUUACGAGCUGUCAAAUACACAGCCAAGAACCGAGACACGGUGACCCUCGAUACCAUGACCGUGCGGGGUUCAACAGUCCGUUAUAUCAUUCUACCGGACUCUCUUCCGCUAGACACGCUUCUCAUUGACGAUGCGCCAAAGCCGAAGAACAAGGCCAGGAAAGAGGCGGAACGCGGAGGUCGCGGUGGUGACAGAGGGCGCGGUGGACGCGGCCGUGGCGGAGGUGGCCGUGGCGGAGGCCGUGGUCGUGGUCGUGGCCGAGGAAUGUAGAUGCGGGGCGGCAUGAGGCGUAUGAUUAAGAGAGCACGCGACAGGGGCACCAGGCGAUCGGCCAGGCGAUCGGAAAGAGGCAGGAGUUGCGCGUUACAAGGGGACGAGACACGGCAGCAGACUCGCACAUCGCCUGCGACACCUGCAAAAGAAGCGCUCGAGAAUCGCUUCGAACGGACAUGGUGCGGGAAUUUGCGCAGCAAGCGCGGCGUUCGGCAUUCUUGGGCAUAUGUAUAGGUGAAGUGCAUGUAUGCACAAAUGAAGCUUGAUACCACCUGGAACAACGAGACA